CCGGAGCCGGAAGCGGAAGCGGGCGCGGGGAGGGGCCCGGCCGCGGGGAGCGAGCCGCAGCCGCCUCGGGCUCCGCCAUCGUCGUCGCUGUCGUCGUCAUGCCGCUGUUCACCCCCAACCCCUUCGAGCAGGAUGUGGAAAAGGCCACAAAUGAAUAUAAUACCAGUGAGGACUGGGGUCUUAUUAUGGAUAUAUGUGACAAAGUUGGAAGUACUCCUAAUGGAGCAAAAGAUUGCCUUAAAGCCAUUAUGAAAAGGGUAAAUCAUAAGGUCCCACAUGUGGCAUUACAAGCACUAACACUGUUAGGAGCCUGUGUAUCAAAUUGUGGGAAGAUUUUUCAUUUAGAAAUAUGUUCACGUGAUUUUGCAAGUGAAGUUCGUGUUAUAAUAAAUAAGGCUCAUCCAAAAGUGUGCGAAAAGCUUAAAGCUUUAAUGGUGGAAUGGUCAGAAGAAUUUCAAAAAGAUCCUCAAUUUAGCUUAAUAGCCGCAACUAUUAAAUCUCUUAAAGAAGAGGGAAUAACUUUUCCUGCAGCUGGUUCUCAGACUGUUCCAAGUGUUGCCAAGAAUGGUGCAUCAUCAUCGAGCAAAAACAAAGAAGAUGAAGAUAUAGCCAAAGCUAUUGAAUUAUCUUUGCAAGAACAGAAGCAGCAGCAAAUGGAAACUAAAUCUUUAUACCCAUCUGCAGAAAUUCAACAGAACAAUCAGAAAAUCUCAAGGAAGGUGCGAGCUCUGUAUGACUUCGAAGCUGUGGAGGACAAUGAGCUCACCUUUAAAAGUGGAGAAAUUAUUAUUGUUUUGGAUGACAGUGAUACCAAUUGGUGGAAAGGUGAAAAUCAUAGAGGAGUAGGACUUUUCCCAUCUAAUUUCGUAACCUCUAACUUAAACGUAGAACCUGAAACAGUGGCUGUGGAUAAAACCUCUGUUACUGAAGAUACAACAGAAGAAAUUAAGAAAGCAGAACCUGAACCAGUUUAUAUAGAUGAGGAUAAGAUGGAUAAAGCACUUCAGGUACUUCAGAGUAUAGAUCCUACAGAUUCAAAGCCAGAUUCUCCAGACCUUCUGGACUUGGAAGAUAUCUGUCAACAGAUGGGUCCUAUGAUAGAUGAAAAGCUAGAAGAGAUAGAUAGGAAACAUUCAGAAUUCUCUGAGUUGAAUGUGAAAGUACUAGAAGCCUUGGAACUCUAUAACAAGCUGAUGAAUGAAGCACCUUUGUAUUCAGCCUAUUCAAAACUCCAUUCUCAAGCACAAUAUCCACCUACAUCAGCUGGUGUUCCAGUGCAGCCCUAUCCACUACAGCCACCUGGUGGGAACUACAUGAUUCAGGGUGUUCACCAAGUCACUCUUCCCCAAGGUUACAGUCUAGGACCCGAUCAGAUGGGCCAACUAAGGUCUCUGCCUCAGAGUUUAAACACUUCCGGAGCAACUCAGCCUGCUCAGACUGCAUAUAUAAGUGCUGGACCAGAUUCUGUGUCGAACCCCACAUAUAUGAACCAGAACUCUGGCCUUCAGUCAGCUACCAGUCAAGCUGCUUACACCCAGCAGAUGGGAAUGUCGGUGGAUAUGUCAGCUUACCAGAACACUACGUCUAGUUUGCCUCAAGGAACAGGCUACCCUAUUGCAGUUUCCGCUCCUUCAGUUCUGCCGCCACAAACAAAUUACCAUCAACAGCCUCUCCUUUGAAAACAAACUAGGCUUAUAUUUCUGAAAGAGUUUCUAAAUGUUGCUGAACCUAAUGAUUUAUGACUGCCUGUCAUUGAUCUCAAAGUGUAUUUUCAACAACCCAACUUGUGUUUAUUAUGCAAAGUAAAACAUACUUUGUUUGACUUUUUUGUUCAGAAUCGCCCUAGACAUGAUUUGAGCUAGAUUAACUAACUAAAGUUUAUUAUUUCAAACCCAAAGUGAGUAUCAAUCAACUAAAACACUCCCUUCAAUCUCUUGAAGCGUCACUUUCAAAUCUAAAAUUAAGUAAUAGAUUGUCCAAAAGAGAAUUGAUUCUUUUUUUCAGUAUGUUUCUGAAAAAUUGAGGUUGUUUUAAAAUCUAGUUCUUUGUUGCUUUGUCUGUUACCCUUUUGCAUUUUUUCCAUCUCAUUGACUUAGGGAAACCUUCAUUUAGGUGGUGUUUUUUUAUUUAGACGCGUUGUAGUCUUGUUUGCACCAUUGUCAGCUCUACUGUGUGGAUUGUAUUACAUACCCAGAACAAUUGCAUGGUAAAGCAAAUGUGAACUCGAAGAGGUAAUUGUUUUGAAGACAUGGCAAUGAGGACCACGUAAAUACAAAAAUGAAAAGUGUUAAGAUUUUCUUCUAUAUUAUAGCCAGACUGGAUUUGGAGCUCUGGAGGUCUCCUCUUUCCUCCACCAGGUGUUGUUUUGUUAGGGAGCUGUUUCACUACUUCUCUAUAGGAGUUUAUACUUUAAGCAUCAGAUGUUUCAGAAGGGCAGGCAGGGGCAGCUGCAAACUGAAGCACUCUGUGGUUGCAAGUUACCUAGCCAGGAAACUGUGAUCUCUCUCCUUUGUGGUGGUUUAGGAAUGGGUAAGGAAUAGGCACCAAAAUGCUUGUAUUGAGGGACUAUGAAGGUCUGCUUUGUUUUCCUCUCAAAUAAUGGUAAGGUGGAGAAGACCCCCAGGAGCAGAAUUAUCUUUACAGACCAGGGAACUCUUGCUACCUUUGAUUCCCCUCCUAACCCCAGCUGUCAGUCACUUGUCUGGAAUAAAUAUCAAUCUAGUAAUGGAAAAGCUCUUACACCACUUGAAAACAUUAGUUUAGACCGCUGUGUAAAAACAGGGGAUGUGUUCUGGGUGGUGGAAUUAUAUUUUCUUUAUGCAUAAAGAAUAGGGUACAUGUUGAAAUGAAAAGGAACUGCUUUGUACUUGUGGAACUGUAGCAUUCAGUAGAUAAAAAAUCUGAAGACAUUUUCCUGCACUUUUUAAUGGGUAGCUUUUGUAAAGGGUAGAAGAACUAGAAGAGUUGGAUAUUUUUUCACGAAUACAGGACUUCUUUCCUUUUAUUGUUUUUACUUUGGAAAUCUGAACAUCGCUCUCUUCCCACCUACUUAAUCAGCUCAGUAAUGUAAUCAUAUUUAUAAAUAUUUUAACUUUAUGAAUGGCUUAUCUUUAGACUGAGGAAAAUAAUGGACGAAAGCACUUGGAUAAAACCAUCCGAUUAAAUGCAUGGAAUUGUUGAAAGCAUUUCUGCAUAUGAAUGUUAUGGUGUAUAAUUUUUCUAUCAAAUGAAAACUAUUACACUGUAGAUCCUACUAGUGUUCUCCCAAAAUAAAAUGUACGCUCAAUUCAGUGCCACCUCCAUUUCUUGUACUGUUACUAAAUUGAUUCAGUAGUAUGAUUUUGUUCAAUUGUGGCUUCAUAUUAGAACAAAGUGUUUGGUAAUUGUUCUUUGAAUGGUACAAAUUCCAAGUGUGCAUAACUUUUGCAAAUUUUUUGGCAUUUAAUUUUCACUUGAAGCUGUUUAAUAAAAACUACUUUAGUUGGCAUCA